AUGUCUAUCACAACAACGUUUGGCGUACACUCUGGGACAGCACAGUCCAUAUACUAUUUGGGAGGAGAGGUUGCAGCUUAUCUCUCUGGGUUCCACAUCGUCUUUCAGAACAUCACUGACGGGUCCACUGUUAAAGUGCUGCCCCUUGGAGAGGGAGUGAAAAACAUCGUAUGCUUUGUCUUCAGCGAGUCCCGAGAUAAACUCAUUGUGUCGGAAGAGCGUCGGGACGGAACAAGUGUAGCGUUCUAUGAGCUAAAGGGCCAGCUAAAUUAUGUGUUCAAGCAUCGAAUGGUUGUGUCUGACAAGCCUGGUGCGUCGCUUUUUUAUGCAGAUCUCUUAACAGACACUAGGUUGCUUGUUAUCACUGGCUCUCCAGACUAUGCCUUUUGCAUUUUCGACAACGAAAGCAAGUCAGCCACACCUAGUUUUAGCCUAACCAUUUGCCAUGAAAAUCUCUUUAGCGACUCGGCUGUGGGAGUCGGUGGAGGGGGGAAUCAAAUGGCACAGAUGCGCAUCUUCUCUAAGAUUAAAGUCCUUAAAUUAUCCGACAAGGAUCUGGUCAUCUGCUCUGGUCCGGUGUUGCGAUGCAUCAAGCUGGGGGACUCCAGUGCAAAGAUCCUCCCUCCUUCGGGGCUGUCCUUGCUCCCGGGGAAGCGCACAUUCACAGACUUGAAUUACAUAAAUAUCCACUUAAAGAAAAGAUUUCCUCUGCUUCCUCUGGACACGGACAGGCUUAUAUUUAUUAGCACUUCAGAAGGUACCAUUCUGAUCAUGUAUAACAACACCGUCAUCUCUGAGUUCAAAUGUAGAGCGUUUAAAGACAUCAGUAUUUCUAAUAUUGCCCUAAUUUUCCCCGGUGGCAAUGGCCCAAAUGGCCUUCGCUCCGCAGAGUCUGCAACAGGCUCUUCUGUCACAACUGGCACAAUGAACUCUGUCCGAAUCUUCGAUAGGAUAGCAGAAGAGGUAAAGCAGGAAGAACGUAGCGUCUGCUAUCUUGCCACAUUCUGCUAUGGAGGCAUACUGAACAUUUACGGAGUCCUUAUGAGUCCUAUCUGCAACUUCAUCACAUCUGUUGUCUAUGGGAAUUCUGCAAAGAUAGAGGGAAAGUUGAACCUAGAGCAUGUCUUCAAGCAUCUCCUUUCUUACUCAGCAGGGGCUAUUAUCGAUCACAUCCUCUCUCGGGUCAGCCCACCGUUCCACUUCCACUCUGUCCACCUGACAACCAACGAGCGGAGUGUACUCUGUCUCGGUGGAUCGGACAUGUUUAAGAUCAUUUUCGCUGUCAAUAUGCAAGCGAUUACCAAGCGAAUUGAUGAGCUGGACAGACAAAGGGCAUGUCAAGUCGCACAGAAGGCCGAUAAAUCUGGCACUGUCGCCGCUGUCGCUGCAGUAGGAGCAGGAGAAGAUAAGAAGACACUCACUACCGAUUCCACCCGAUUGCUAGGGGAAAUAGUGGACUAUAAUGAAAUGGCUAUCAAUUUUGAUGCAGUGGGCGUUCUCAACCAUAAUGAGCAUCUGGAGUUGCAUAAUUUUCUACUAGACCCCUACGCAUCCACUAAUCAGGAGCUCUAUCUCUUGAAGCCAGUCAUGACCAAUGGAAACAUAUUUGCCAUGGCGACAUGUCCCUCCUCGGACAACCUUAUCAUAGUGACCACGGAUCGCAUUGUGAGGCUCUUCCAUGCCAGUACCCUCGUUGAGAAAUCAUAUAGUAAGUUCAACGAAGUUCUUGGUGUCUGUGCUAUACACCCCUCUGGUAAUUACGUAGCCAUUGCUUCGUCGGAGUAUGUGCUGUUCUGUGUGAUCUACUAUGAUCGGGUGGAGAAGAUCCAUCAGUUUCCAAUACCAUUUUGCAAGUCCCUGUGCUUCACUAAUGCAGGAAAUCUGUUGGUUGCAGGAUCUGGUAGCUAUCUUUAUGUAUAUGACGUGUACACACGUGCUGAAGUAGCCAAGGCAACGGACUUCUCUGGACGCAUAGUCUCUAUUUCACCAGUGACAAGGGACUUCACCAGUAUGCGUUACUCUUCAGAUGUGAUUAUCACGUGCUCAGACGGGGCUGUCUGCCGCUACAACUUGACAACCCUCACUAAGGAGUCCGCAACAGCUAUCCGCUCUGUACACUUUAUUCAUGCAGCACCAAUAUCUGCUGCGCAUUACUUGAGCUCUUCCAUACACGCGUCUGCAACCCAAGGGAUUGUUUCCACAAUUUCGCGAUCUGCGGCAGUAGCGAGUCCAAACAGCUCUGCUCUUCUACCAGAAACUCCUGUUUUCUUCGCUAUUACAUCUGAUGGUAAUAUCAUUGUCAUUUCAAGCAACAUGGCAGAGUGUCCGAAGUACAGUUCAUAUUUAAACACUAACAAUGGAAGCACGAUAACCGGGGCCACUGGCAUCCAGUACACGAAAGGAAGGGCCCUCUGUCUUAUUAAUGUGAUGAAUUACAUUGUUGUGGGAUAUGAGUUUGGUUGUGUGGCUAUCCGCUCCAUCACGAACAUUAUGAACGGAGAAGCACCAGGAGAGGGCAGCAAGGAGAUCGUCAUACCCGUCUCUAGUGGGUCUAUAACAUCUUUGGUGCCCAAUCCAAGCAAUAAUGGAUUUAUAGUGGGGACCAUGGAUGGAGUCGUCUACUCCGUGCUGAUAAAUAAGACAAUGCCCCCCAGGACAAUCGUCUUAUCGAAAGGCAACACGGGAAGCAAGAUAUCGAUAGGUCUUGGCGGCAUUUCUGGAGAGGAGUCCUUGCAGAUGGUGCCUAAGCACAUGCCCAUCUAUGUCAAGCGCACCGCCCUCAUGGACGUGCUCACUCGGAUCACGAAGACUAGAGAUAAUAUUUCCAUAGCGAAGCGCAAGCUAGAAGAAAAGGUCACGUAUUUGGAGACAGAGUUUUCCAGAACGCUUAACCAAAUAAGGCAGAAGACCAGCGAGAAUAUUUCGAGCUAUCUCAGCGAGUAUAGUAGAAUAGAGGCUGAGCACGAUGGGAAGGCCAUCCUCCUAAAGAGGCAGAUCACCAGUAACGAGAAUUUAUUCAAGAACUCCCUUGAAGCCCUUCAAGAGCAAUAUCAACGACGCCUAGUUCUCAUAAAUGAUAAUCUUGCCGUUCUUGCUGGCCAGAAGCUAUCGUUCGAUAAGGAAAUAGAGGAGAAGAUAGCAGCGUUUAAGCAAGAAACAGAACAGAUGGUAGCUGAUCUGAAGAAUGCAAAGGAGGCCGAUCUAUCUAAGCUCAAGAGAAUCAUGGAGUCCAUUGAGAACGACAUAGAGUCACAACGGAAGGCGGAUGAAAUGCUUUUCAAUCUAUCAGAAAAUGAACUCUACCACGAGUCAGACCAACUUACAGCCGUCUACGAGCGUAAAAUACAGAAGGCGUAUAACAAUUAUGCAGACGUAGAACGAUAUAAUGCAGAGGUAAAGGAGCGGUACUCAGAGCUAGAGUCGCAGCUUCUUGAUCAGAAGCGUUUCCUCCUAGCAAAGGAGAAGGAGAUCGCUGAUCUGAAGGCGUUCAUCUCAUCUCAGCGUAAGGAUAUGGGCAACAUACGGCUUGAGAUUUCUAGUCGUGAUGACACCAUCAGCAACCGUGAGAGGAGAGUCUUUGAGCUCAGGAAGCAGAUCCGCGAGCUGGUGAAAGUACGCUUUGUGCUAGACUAUAAAAUACGGGAGUACAGCCGUCAAGUGGAGCCCCGUGAUGUGCAGCUAGCGUCUCUCAAGGUACGUCUCAAUGAAAUGAAUACGGAGCUUCAAAACUACCGAACGUCGCUCCUCCAGUUGAAGUCCACACAAAAGGACCUCGAGCGGCGGAACCUUACCUUGAAGAAGCAAAUCACCGAUGUGCAAGAAAGCAGUGCUGCAACUAACAAGCGCAUGGAAGAAAUGAGGCCUUUUAUUAAUGAAUUGGGCCUAAUUGCAUACGAGGACGCUGAAAAUAAGCCGCCGGUACUUGCUGCGCUCUUUUCGGGCAGCGCAGAUAUCAGCUCAGGGAGCCAUGGGGGACUUAAUGCUAUCGUGAUGGGGAAGCCCCAAGAGAGCGGCUCUAGUACUGUUAGUGAGGAGGCAGAGAGUGCAACAACUCUCCCACGCAUAGGAACAAGUGCAUCAAACAGGAAGUCUGCCAGGUCGAUAAGAUCUUAUCCAUCGGGGCACUCUGCGAAAUCCUUACCGAGUGGCGUAUCGGGACGGACGCCGAGCUCUGCGCUAAAGCCUCCAAAGAGCGGGGAGGGAAAUUAUUACACACGUUCUAUUGCGGUGCCGGGAGAGAACUUGACAUACAAGCGUCUGGUCAAAGCAAUCAAAUAUGCGUACAUGGCUCUAACCUUCAAACCGAAUGCAUACACUGAAGAGAAGGACAAGAAGAGAGAGGAGGGUAACUUUAGCCACCUUGAAAAGACCAUCUGCAACUUGGAGAGGAAGCUUGCAAAUACCAAGACAACAAAGAAGUCGUCGACAUCGACCGUGGUGCAGCAGAACGCUAUGCUUCUCCAAGAGAUAAAUCACCUGCGCAGAGAGCUGCAUGUUGCCCAGGUUAAUUCUAACGCAGAGUCUAAGAUUGAUCCACGUCUUCUACAAGAAUAUGAGUCGAGAAAGCAGGAGAUUCUAAAGCUCCGCGCUCUGAUACGCAAGCUAGAAGCUGGGAGCGUCACUGGUGGCGCGUUUCUCCCAGACGUUGAAACUUACUAG